AUGGCCUCCAACGCUGAAAAAUGCAUUAUCAACCCGGAAGAGAACCAAGGCGACCCUUCCAUGAAGCGUAAGGAGUCACUUACAACUGCCCUUCAAGGCAAAGAGAAAGUUGUCAGAACAGGGGACGGAUCGAAUGGACCGAGCCUAGAUAUGCAGACCUGGAAGAACCACGUUGUGUUGCCGCGUCUCCCGAAAGACGCGACGCUUCGCUGGAACUAUCGACAGGACCAUGCCGACGACAUCCCAACACUUGAAAACCAAUGGUGGGAGGGGCUCAAAGGCGAGAUACGGAGGCUAGUUAAGAAAACAUUGCCCAAGAUUAUCUCAUGGGAGUACGUCGACGAUCGAGGCAAAGAAUCACUCGACACUUGGUUUCCUCUCGCAAAGGACUACAUUGACUUUUGCAAGAAGCGCGACCAUCAAUAUGGAUCACUUUGCAUCUAUUCAGCUUGGAUUUGGCAUAUACUUCUGGACUGCAUUUUCUCGCCAUCUAGUAAGAGAUGGUUCGGUGAUGACUGGAAGAGUUUCGGUCGAUUCCACUCCAAAUUUAGAGAACAGGUCGAUUCAAUAGACAACGAUUUCACCUUGUCCUUCUACGCGUGGAGGAGUGAGUCGGUGCGAAUGCUGUACGCAUUCAACGGGGACCAUGUUGAUCCUAAGUUGGUUAAGCAAACUCUGCGUGACCAUCUGGAACCCUCCUUUGCUGCUAAAGGCGCAGACGAUAAAAUCAUUGAGAAAACACUGCUGAGUAUUGCCAAGCAGGCUAUUCUUAUUGACCGCCAAAUGCUGGCAUCUAGGUGGGAUUGCAGGAUCGAGAUGUGUUGUCCCUCAUCGGGUCAGAAGAGUGGCUUUCUGUUCACUACUGAUAAAACACUCAUGGAAUCUGAUGGCCACUUCCCGGAGACCGAAUCCCCUUGCGAGGGCGCGCGUGUCGACUUUGUGUCUGUCCCCAGCCUGCGAGUACUGGGAAAGUCUGGUGCAGUCGAGGAUAGUAAUCCGUAUGUGGACUUUAUGAGCAGGAGGUUGGUCAAAUAUUACCACUUGUCCAGACUCCACAUCCCAAUGUUGGUAGUGACGGACCAGCUGUCUGAUAAUCAGUUUGAGAGAUGGGAAGCAGAGGAAGCAGGAAAGGAGCGGGCAGAGAAGGAGAAAGGUGUUUGUGAGGGUGCCGCUGCGGAGGAUAUCUGA